CAGCCAAUUAGUCUGAUGCUCUCAGUUCUAUAGCCGCUCUCAGUUCUAUAGCCACUCUACCUGAGUGAGUUGAGGAAAUUGCCUACUCAACUCCAUUCCGAUAAGCUUUGUGCCUGAAUGGCCCUGCCCUACUUAGAGGCUCGCCCUUCGAGCGCCUGAGGCUAUUCCCCCAAGUUACAACACCAUGACCGCGAUUUCCCUUGCCCUGAUCUUCGUCGUGGUACUUUACACCCUUUGGACCCGCGCUCGGGGAAGAUCCGAGACCAAGGCUCUGCCCCCGGGACCGAAGAAGCUCCUCAUCAUAGGAAACCUGCUUGAGAUACCUUCUACCCGGCCUUGGGUUAUGUUUGCGAAGUGGGCACGUGACUAUGGCUCUGGCGUAAUCCAUAUCUCUGCACCGGGGACGUCGAUCAUCGUCCUGAGCUCGCUUGAGGCGAUGCGCGACUUGUUGGAAAAACGGGGUUCAAGGUAUUCUGACAGAGGGCCAAUGCCUAUGAUGAAAGAUCUCAUUGGCUGGGAUUUCAGUUUUGGCUUUCUUGAUUACGAUGAUGAAUGGCGUCGGCAACGCAAGCUGCUCCACCGUGAUUUCAGUCUCGCUUCAGUGCAGAAGCUGCGACCUCAGCUCCGAGAUGCGGCGCGCGAACUCAUUCGCGACCUAUCCAAUGACCCUCAGGCCGAGGUCAUGUCGCUCAUGGGACUAUUCACAGCGAGAACGAUCAUCCGGACGUUAUAUGGUCUCGAAGUGCCCCAUCUGAAUCAUGCGUACAUCAAGAACGCGGUCGAUGCCAUACAGGCAGCCUCCGCUGCCGCUGUUCCCGGAGCAUUUCUGGUGGAUACCUUCCCGAUCCUGCGGUUCGUUCCUGGGUGGUUCCCAGGCGGGGGAUUUCAGAAGAAAGCAAAGCGUUGGAGGAAGUCGAUCGAAGCUUUGCAGGAUCUUCCUUUCCGGGAAGUCGAACGCCGGGUGCAAAACAACACCGCCCAGCCAUGUUUUGUGCAGCGACAACUGGCCGAUUGUAAGACUGCGGAGCAGAUACAGUCUCUGAAGGCGGCGGCGGCUUCCAUGUACGCCACCGGCGCCGACACUACGAUAUCCCCGCUGGGCACGUUUGUGCUCGCCAUGAUGGAGCACCCCGAUAUCCAGCGCCACGCGCAAGAUCAGAUUGAUCGUGUCGUAGGGCGCGGGCGUUUGCCGGAUUUUGAAGAUCGCGCGCGGCUGCCCUAUGUCGAUGCGAUUCUGAAAGAACUAUUCCGCUGGAGACCGAGUGGGCCGAUCGGGAUACCCCAUUAUAUCAGUGUAGACGACGAAUAUCGGGGAUAUCAUAUCCCCGCUGGCUCGAAAGUCAUCGCAAAUGUCUGGGGAUUGCUCCAAAAUGAGGAUCUGUUUCCUGAUCCGCACGACUUCAGACCGGAGCGCUUUCUUGUAAACGGGGUCCUGAGGGAAGAUAUCGUUGUGGACCCGGCCGCAAUUAUUUUUGGUUUCGGAAGAAGAUUGUGUCCAGGACAGGCAUUCGCGCUUGAUAGUCUCUGGAUAACGAUCGCCACACUUCUUGCGGCGAUGCAUAUCGAAAAGCCAAGAGACGAGAGCGGGAAUAUCGUCGAGCCCAGUCAUGAAUACUUUUACGGGGUGGUAACAAUUCCGUUGCCGUUCAAGUCAAGCAUCACGCCCAGGUUUUCACAGAAUAAUGUGAAGUAAAUACAUAGAUGUUUCUGUCACGUCCUGCCCAUUGCAGUGCCCGUCGUAACUAUUUUCGACUUUUUUGAUGAGACAACGGACGGCAUGCCCUUAUUAGGCCAUCCAUCAAAGCUUAGGCACAGCCCUGUGAAGUGCUUACCACUUCACGCUGACGAAGUGCAGCAGGAUCUCGUUUCUCACUCGGACGACGUCCCUGCGUUUCGUUUCGUGUGCGCACACCCCAUCGACGGCUGCGGUGCGGCUGGAAACCGCAGCACAUGCGCUGGGAGGCUAAAUACGCGAUGGAGUGGGCUAGAGGAGUAUUCCACAUUCUUCUCCCAUCCUCUUAUUCCACUUUUCUUUUCUUGAGAUGCCUCUUUCUGUCACGAACGUCGUCUCUCAGGCUCUGUCUGCUGCGCAUGCACAGAAGCACUCUGCCUACGGAUACACGCCUACAUUCUAUGUCACUGCCAUCUACGUGGUAUUGUACUUUUUAAGCACUGUCAUUCAUGCGGGACAAGCGGUGUUCUUUGGCACGUACUGGAUGCUCGCGACUGCCUGUCUGUGCGGGGUGGGCGAGACCAUCGGAUGGAUUGGGAGACUAUGGAGCAGCCACGACCCGACGCUGAGCACGCCCUAUAUGAUGCAGAUCACGACCACGAUUCUCGCACCUACGCCACUGGUCGCGGUCAACUUCAUCCUCCUCGGCCGCAUCAUCGUCUGUCUGGGCCCGGGUUACUCACGCCUGAGUCCGAGACUCUACACACGUAUCUUCCUGUCCUGCGACAUCAUUUCCCUCCUCAUCCAAGCAGCGGGUGGGGGCAUCGCCGCUUCAGCACACAAGGCGGCCUCGCAGAAUCUAGGCGGUAACAUCAUGCUCGUGGGGAUCAUCUUCCAGUUCGUCGCCCUUUGCGUCUACUCCGCACUUGCCGUCGACUUCCUGCGCAACUACGCCGCGCGGCGCGUCGUCAAGCCCGCGCAGCACCCCUGCGGUGCCCCCCGCGGAGAGAUCGACGCGCGGCUGCGCGUGCUGCUGUGGGCCAUGACGUUCGAAACGUGUGUCCUGUUCGUGCGCUCGAUCUACCGCACGAUCGAGCUCGCGGACGGCUGGACGGGCCGGGUCAUCACGACGGAGGCGUACUUCAAUGUGUUUGACGGCGCGAUGGUAACGCUGGCGAUCUGGACCUUCAAUUUCGCGCAUCCGGGUUUGCUGCUGCUGCCUGUCCAGCAGACGAACUUCCUGCAUAUGCGGGAGGGGAAAGCCCACGACUCAAUGGAGAUGGACCCGAUUGUCUAGGUUGUGCCUCAGAGGACAUGGCUCAAAGCCGUGCCUGUCUUGGUAUCCGGAGGACCCAUAGAUGCCCGGCAUGGACUCGGAAUGAUCUUCUGCGACAAGCGCGCGAAAAUCUAGCUUACAAUUUUACGCGUUUUUAGUAGAGAUGACCCCUGCAUGUAAACAAUUUGCGUCGGACUGAUUGUUUACCUCUAUGUAUCUUUAUUUCGCAAACAGCUUACUUAUCUCGGAGUGAGCAGCGCGAAGAGCCAAA